AUGACAUCCGGUGGUAUCUCAUGUUAUCCACAUCACUUUGGCACGCAAUGCGAGGCAGACCUGGCUUUGGCAGGUUUCCCUCGCUGUACUUUUGAUUGGGGGGCUUCGUACGACACGCCCUGGAACUCAGCAACUUCGAGCAUCAUUCUGGCAAAUUGGGUUAAGGCCUUCGACGCGAAUGCAGCAAAAGGUUUUGGGAUUCUCACCUCGGAAAACACUGCUGAAAAUCGGGAGCAAAUUCUUCGACGCUGGGUUGGCAACAAAAAACAGAAAUACAAGGAUCAGGAAAAGCUGGUAGAUUUGAUGAAGACGCCAGAGGGGGUAAAACAGGUUCAGGAACAAGAGGCUAUUGUCGAAGGUAUUGCUAGGAAAAGACGAAUGCUAAUCAAGGUCAGCUGGGUCUUUGAUUUACCUUUUGAUGUUCAGUUGAUGGCAUUGCUGAUAUUGAGAAUUGUUCAAAAAGAUUGUGGACGCCCGCAAGGCUGUUGUGGUUAG